AUGGAGAAAGGUGGAGAUAUGGCUGGUCCUUCCGCCAAUAAUUCGAGCGACUUUGCUUGGGAAUUCAAACAUCCCGAAUUUCAAGCGAAUAAAAAGGAUUCACUAGAUAAUAUCAGACGAAAGGCUCCAGCUCCAAGGAAGGCUGCUCCAAGUAAUGAAGAGCCAUAUCCAGCCCAUGCUCAACAGCAAAUGGAUCUCCUUGGUAACCAACUCGCGGCCACUCAACAACAAUUACAAGGUCUAUCUCGCAGUUACCAAGAUCUAGCACAGCUUAAUUUAAUGUUAUUGCAACAAGUUGUUGACUCUCAAAAGUUUAUCAAAAACCACGAGGGAGUUAUGCGUGGCUUGGUCGGACAUCUAUUCAAUCAGGAUACACAACGACGAAACGGUCGGCCUGGGGGACUUUCGAAUGGUGCUGGGCCCAACAUGCUGGGUCGACAAACGGAGGAUGAUCAUCCAUCGACACCGUUACUUCAAGCUCAAAACCUUCUAGGACAACUAUCUGCUGAAAAUUAUCCAAGUAAGGAAUUGGAACAAAUGAGUCAUGAUUAUCAUCUACGAACAGAUUACUCUACUCCCCCGAAUGAUCCAGGAGGACUUGUUUCAAUGCCCACAAUUUCUGAGUCGGUAACUGCCCCAGCGGGCUAUUCUAUGGACAAAUCAGAACUGGAUAACUUGGUUUAUCCCGUUGGUGCUAUAGUUGGCAUUGAUCCAAUUGAUCAACAGCAUGUCAACAAUAUCCCGUAUGCACUUCCACCUUCGGGCUUAAUGCCGCGGGACAGCAUUCCUCCAGCCGAACUAAUGCCCCAGCCUUCACGUACACCCGGUCCACGUAAGAAGGGUUCGGUGUCGAUUUGGGGCGACCGGAAGCCCAGGAUUUUACUGGUUGAGGAUGAUCAGGUGUGCGCACGAAUUGGAACAAAAUUCCUCCAAUCUUUUGAGUGUGGUGUUGAUAUUGCUCGUAAUGGACUCGAGGCAGUAAGCAAAAUUAAUCAAGGUGAGGAUAACCAUUUUGAUCUCAUUUUGAUGGAUAUUAUUAUGCCUCACCUCGAUGGUGUUUCUGCAACUGUCUGCAUAAGAGAAAUGCGUGCAAAUCUUCCUAUCAUUGCAAUGACAUCCAAUAUUCGAACUGAUGAUAUCGAGAUGUACUUCCGUUAUGGUAUGAAUGACGUCUUACCCAAGCCUUUUACGAAAGAGGGUAUGAUGAAAGCACUUGAGAAACACUUGGGUCAUUUCAAAAAGAAAGCAUCUACUCUUGGCUUCUCAAGCCCCGGACAAAUGUCACAUCCGGGAGCUUUUGUCACACCAACCCAAUCGCAUCCUCCAUUAGGUUUAAACAUGGGACAAUUGACCGCGGCCCAAUCGAUAGUAGAUGAUUCAGCUUCUGGAAAGUCGCCUCAAACUGCUACAUCUUGGCAGUCACCUAUCCAAUUACCAGGAGGAUCUCCUGUUGUAACCUCUGCUCCAAAUAGUUACAUGCAACCUACCAUGCAUUCCACUAAUGGCAUGAGAGACCCAUCUUAUUCGGUGACCCCAACCCACCCUCACCCUCAAUCUGGUUUUCCUCCGCCUCUUUCGGGUCUAGGUAACCAGAGACCUCCACAUAGGAGAGGUAUAUCCGAUAUGAGUGGUGGCAGCACGCCAGAUGGUAAUCCCGAUCAAAAACGUCAGAGAAUGUAUGCUCCCUCUGGGAACUACCAGCAAUGA